CAUUUCGGACAGCACUUAAGUACGUGAAGAAGCAGCAAGAACAAAAGACGUAGAAAAUUUCUAAGGGCCUAGAGAAAUUGAACACAUAUCGGGGGUAUACCAAAAAACUAAUCCUGCAAAUCGUCGUGUUUCCACAAAAGUUACUACAUAAUUUCAAGCUGCUGCUGGAGUAUUUAUAAAGGGAUAAUUUGUGUAAUUACGAGUGCUAACUAAAAUGUUUCAUAAUAAAUUUGUGACGUUGGCUUUCUUGCUGAGCGUUUUUAGCGCUUUAGUUUGUGCCGCUCAACUCGAUGUGAGCUUGGACAAGGCCAACUUACCUGGUACUGCUGCACCAUUACCUAUUGCUGAGCAAGAGGAAGGUGUAGAAAAACCCAAGCCAAAGACGACAACUGUUCCCAGCACCAGCUCGAGUACCAGCAGCACAACAACAACUACAACGACGACGACAACAACAACAACAACACCAGCACCGACAACACCGACACCAACAACUUCGACCGCAGCACCGACUACCACAACAACACUUGCACCAAAUACUACCACGGUAGCGCCAAUAACAACAACACCUGCACCAGCCCCAUUCCCAGCACCAGAGAUCGGCAAAUGGAAUUCCAGCUGCAUUAUUUUACACUUCGCCGCACAGUUGAACUUUACUUACGAAACCAAAGACAACAAAACUGCUACCCGUCUCUUCAACAUCCCCAAGGAUGCCAAAGUCGAGGAUUCCAACUGCGCUAAUAUUUCACAAUCGAUUCACAUUAUUUGGGGUCCAGCUGACGCCAUACACUCGAUGGUCUGGCAAUUCGAUAUCGUUAACAAGUCUAGCGAAUUAAAGCAGAUCUUCUUCAGUCUGCCACUCACCAGCGAUCAUUUCCCCGACGCCAAGGAUAACCAAACUAUUCAGUUGAUUCAUACUGGCGAUGAUUUCAUCACACCCGCUAAGAUGUCCUACCACUGCACACGUGCACAAAAAUUCAACCUAACCGAGGUAGUGCUGGACAAUACCGUCGUAGGCACCAUUACACUGAGCAAUGUGCAGGUCGAGGCAUUCAUCACCGACAAACGUGACACCUUCUCCAAUGCCAUGGACUGUGAUGGCCCCAAGACAAUGGACAUUGUGCCCAUUGCUGUGGGCAUUGCCAUGGCAGCACUCAUACUGAUUGUAUUGAUCUCGUACUUGUGUGCGCGCCGUCGUUCCACAUCGCGUGGCUACAUGAGCUUCUAAGCGAGACUGUUGGAUUACUAAAAAAAUCAGCAAGCGAGUGGUGGCGUUAGUGACAGUAAUUAUGUGUAGACAUAGGCGGCAGGCGUUUAUUUUUGGGGGGGACUGGCAGGUUUAUUCGCAGUAGUGAAAAUUUAAAAAAAUUGGGUUAAUUUGAGAAUUUUUUUAGGGAGAGAAACAGUAAAAAGAUUGAGUUGCUGAGUUUUGAUUUACUUUGUCACGGAACAAACAAAAAGUCAAAAAGAGAAAUAGGAAAAAAGGAAAUAAAUUGUGUGUAAACAGUAAAUUAAGAUAUUCACCAAACAAAUAUAGUAAACAAAUAAAACAAAAAAAAUCUCAACACGAACGCGAAAACCAAAAAGGAAGAAACAGAUGAGAAAAAAAAUCGCUGCAAUUAGUAAUUUUAUUCCAACAGACUUUUAACGAACACUUAGAACAACAGACACCGUAAUAAAACAUAAAACCGUGUGCAGUUACACAAUUAUAUAUUUACAGAUAUAUCAGGCGGAUCAAGCAAUACUUUAGCUAUGCACGUCCGAGCUCUGUGACUUAGAAUUUUUUUUUGUUUUUUUUUUGUAUAUUCUUUAUAUGAUUUUCUUUCUAUCUAAUAUUUUUAUAGAUCUUACUUCAAACGAUUUAGUGCUUUUUUUCUAUGUUUAUUCAAACUCUACAUUUGCAGCUAAAUUCUAUGUUUAGCAGGAGUGUAAACUACACUCUUUCAAAUGCCUUCCUUUCGAUAAAUGCACUGAUACGAACCUAAAAAUAUAUUGUUUAUAUCCGUACGAUAAAUGCAAUACAACUAAAUAUUGAAAAAAUUAGGUAUAUGGAUUCCAUGAAAAUUAUCACCGAUAUCAAACAAAUGUAUAUUAAUCAGCAAUAAACACAACAAACGUGCAUAUGUUCAUAUGUUGUUCGUUCCCAAGACAGUUGCGUGCGUCUAUGUGACCGGAAUGGGCCGGAUUUGUCUUCGGAUAAGGACUGUAACGUCAGCAGCAUUCUCCGAAAAGCUAUGGGGGUGUUUUAUGCGACUACAACAACAGCAACAACAACAACAUAUGUAUAAAUAGUAUUUAUAAUUAAUUCUACACUCUAUUAAAUCAUUCUUAUUGUUCUACAUUUACCUACAAACAUAUAUACUAUAAAUUUUAAAUGAUUGGCUAAACCUUGUAUGUAAUUUACUAUUUCUAUGUAAUAUUUGAAUAUAUAUUGUAAUAUUUUUUGAUUUCAAUGCGAAUUACAUAUAAAUAUGAUAAGUAGUUUCCAUUGCAUGUGGCUGCAUAUCGUUUUAUAUAUGUACACAAUUUUUUACGCCUGAUUAAUAAAGAUGAAAUCGAUGAAAAUUA